CAAGAUCGCAAGCAGUGGUGAAUGAAUGGUGUUGUGUGGUUGUGUCACCAUUGAAAGUUCGACUGGCUCCCGUCGGGGUUAAGGUUACCGGCGAAGGGUCACAACAAAGGACGUCGGAAAGAGCAUUUUGUAAUUCGGUCUCUUCCACCGACCAGAUACCAGGUAGUUGUUGUCGUGGUGUAGGUUGUCUCAUUCAUCCGCUCAUUCAUUCAUCCAUUCAUUCAUCCAUUGCAUAGUAGUAGAAGAGAGGAGAGAAGAAGAAGCGAGAAAGAGAGAGGAACGAGAGAGGAGAAGAAGAGAAGAAGAAGCUCAUCAGAAGUAGAAACAAUGAAAGCCGACACACUGCGCCCCGAAUUGAAGGAGAAGAUAGUGGAAUGGCUAAUCUCAUUCCACCGUUUGGAUCCUCGGUACAAGAUUUUGACGUUCUUCAAUCAAGUAGCAUCUGACGGCGCAGACAAGUUUACGGAAGACGACGAAGAAGAAGAGUACGGUCCUUCCAUUCCGAAACGACAAUUGACGCACAUUGAAAAGUUGCUGAGCGACGCCUUUAAUACGACGUCCAUUCUGACGGUAUGGCGACCCACGUCCAACGAAGCCAUGAAGAAAAUGAUGGACAAGACGGGCGUCGGCAAGGGUCUGGACAUCAAGGGCAAAUCAGCCAAACGGGGAAUGCUCUCGGCAUUUGUGCCCUUUAUGCAAAUACACGAACAAGACGACAAACAAAAAGUACAAAAAAUAUCACGCAAAGCCAAAAUGAGAAUCUACUAUCAAUCUCUCGAAGCGAGAGAAGCCGUCAUGGACGAAUUAGAGCCGCUGGGCAAUGACUACAUGGUAUUUGACCCGGAACUCGUCAUUCCCUCGGAUAUGGAAGAACUCGAUCAAUACGUCAAGACACAAAAGUUGUAUGGACUCGAAGUCCCACAACGACUCUUUUGGCUCGGAUGUGUCCUCAAUCAAGACAUUACUAGAGCCAGCGACACGGACACGGGACGUCCGUCCACACCGGGAUUCCAAGAUGCCAAUAUGAAAACACUCAAAGUCGCUUGUGCCGACCAUGCCAAGGGGAAAAAACCUUCUCCCAUGCCCGUUGUAUAUCAGUACGAUCCCAAGCCAGACAAUGCAUUGAAACCACAAACACUCGUCAUGGCAUACGAAGAAAAUGGAUCCGUGACACCCGUCGUCAGUGACUUUGAUGGAUUCUUACUAGGGUGGAGACGAGAAGCACUCUGGUUUGGUUGUCAGUUGCCGCGAGAUCAAGAAGAUCUCAUGUUGUGGUGUGUCGACAAUAUCGAAAAAAUACUAGAUUCCAAACAAACCACCGAUACAUGGACCGUACGAUGGCUCGAAGUACUCAAAGAAGAAGCCGAAAAGAUGGGAAACAUGGUCAUUCCAGAAUACGGAUUUGGGGAUCCCAAAUCAUACGGAAUUAUGGAACGAGCCGCCAUGCAACUCAUCGAUACCGGGGCCGUCCGACAUGGAUCCGAAUGCUUCAAUUACUACUUUCCACAAGAAAUUGAUGAUUACUUUCUAUUGAUUAGUGAUACAUUGAAACCAGUCCCGUGGAAGUACGUCAAUGUCGAAGAACUACAGGCCAUUCUCAGUCAACGCGUCAAGGACGGCUUUGUCUUCCCACUCAAUCCCAAAUGGAUUCUCUGUGAUCCCGGAUGGAAAGAACUCUACGAUGAACUCAUGGCCAGUGAUGCACUCUACGCCGAAUAUACCAAAGAUGUUUGGUAUCCUCCGUUCAGUGGUGUGCGAGAAAAAAUUGAUCUGAUACACAAGAAACAUCCCAAUGGAUUUCAGCGACAACGAGGACGCGCCAGCUUUAUUGCGUCGCAGCAAGGAUACUCGCCGUUGCGACAGAAUUUGGAAGAUGGCAAUCAAUUGUCGGGAAAUGCCGCCUUUGAUUUGGCCGAACUCGAAUUGCAGAAUUUCACGUCGCGCAAGAAUGCACUCGCGGCGCAAAUUCAGCUUGCCAGUCUCAAUGAAUUGCCCGGUGGUGGUGGUGAUACAGGUGAUUCCAGUGAUGACGACGAUGAUCAAGAGACGGCCGCGCAAAGUAUCUUGGCGGGUGGAUUGUUGCAGCAGCAGGCGGCGGAUAGUACUGCGGCGCAGCCGGGGCCGCGCAAUGGUGGCAUGCAGAGUGGUCACGAGAGUAUUUCCAACAUGGUGGCCGAUGUCACCAAUGAUCCGGCGGACAAACGACGAGAGUUUCGUCGUGCCGCGCUGACGGCAUCGCAAACGGGGCAUGCCCCCAUGAGAUGAGCGUCUUUUUUGUACGAAUAGGGCCAAAUUGAAUAAAAUGCGCCUGGCUUGGUGGUGGUGCAUGGCCUAUGAUGUUGAUUUUGGACCAACAACAACAUGAAUCAAAA